AUGUCUUUACUUCGCACAAUAAAGAAUGCAAUAAGAAUAGGCCCCAAAGAGUUUGUUACUCAACUAUGGCAUAUUGGAGAUACAAAGUACGGUGUUUUAGUAGGGGUUGAUCAGUUUGGGAACAAGUACUAUGAGAACAAAGACGAGAUUUUCGGUCGAGAUCGAUGGGUUGACUAUGCCAAGCACUAUUACGAUGCCAGUCAGGUUCCUGCUGAAUGGCAUCGCUGGAUUCACCGAAUAACCGAUAACCCGCCCACUGUUGAACCACCACCAUCUCCUAAAUUCAAAUUACCACACACUGAUAAUUUCACGGGCACUCGUAAAGCGUACAAACCCUACAGUACAACUGCACCGAAAAUCUCUGCGUGGAAGCCCUCAGUUGAUUCGCGAGUGCAAUGA